CUCAAUGGAGAUCGACGAUAUCACCAGUGAAAGCGCAGAGGGAGAUAAUGAGAUCCUAGCAGAACUUAAGAAAGAACAAGAAGAAGAGGAGCAGAAAGAUAAGAAACAAGAAUUCAAACAACAUGUCAGAGAAGUUGGCAAGGAGAUCAACCAAAGAAUCGAGAAACAGCAUGAACUUUAUAAAAAGUUCCUUGCUGAAGAGGAGAUAGUGGCUGAUAAAUAACGUCAAUAUCCUUGAUGAAAUCCUUGAAUCAUUGAAAGCAUCACUUGAUAUCAUAAUGAUGAUGAAAAAGAAAGAAAAGGAAAGACUGAUUGCUAUCAUUUACAACUGUAGUCUGAUUAUCUAUGAAAUCUGAUUGCUAUUAAAGAAGAAUAAUUAUCCUAAAAAGGCAGCAAAAUACUUAAAUUUCAACCUGUACUGACUCAACAAUAAUCUGAUGCUCAGGCAGACAGUUAUAUGGGAGAAGGAAGACAUCGAGUCUCUCAGCAAUGUGACUCUGAAACCUGACAAAGUUCCAGACUUUAUUUCGAAUGAAGGAUAUCUUUUCUGGCGAAUUAAGAACUACACUCAGCUUGCAAAAUGAUAUGAAGAUUUUGGAAAUCUCAGAGGAGCUCUUGCAGUGUGUAAAAAUGGAGUUCAGACUGUCCUUUUCUUCAUGAAGAUUGAAGAGCAAACUCCUCCCCUUCCAGAACAUACUAAGGAUGCUAUUACUGAAUGUGCACGGAUUAUGAAGACUCAAGUCCUGAAAUAUCAAGUCCAAUCAGGAGCAAUUACUCCAACAGCAUGGAAGAAAGGAGUUGAGCAGACUUUUUACAGCAACAAAUAUCACAGAUCUCUCUGUGUAGUGGAGUCUUUGACUGUUGGUGAUCCUGACCGGUUUAGCCCAAUAAGUCAAAAUUUAGAAGGUGUCGAAUGGAAGAAAGAAGUUCUAAUCUAUGCAAUUGAACUUGUUAUAAAGGAUAUAGAAGUCGUCAAAGAAGCGUUGAUUCAGAGAGACGAACUCAAGAGAGCAAAGAAGGAAAAGGAGCAGGUCCUCUUGAAUGACCCAGAUGUCAAUGUGGAAGAGCUCAUUGAAAGACACAGAGAAAUGCAGGAUCAGAUGAUUAAAGAUGAAGACUGGAAGGCUGCAAGUUACAAUGUUCCUCUUGAUAUACAUAUUCAAAUAAUCACUUUUUGAUUUGAAUGAAAAUAUUGGGAUUUCUUCAAUAAUCUCCUUAGAAGUGCCUUGAUCAGGCUAAAAUUUAGAAGAUAUGAGGUACCUUAUAUUUCAACUAUUGACGUUUUGAUGUCAUCUCUCAAAGAUGCAGCUGUACCAGAGUCUUUUGAAAAGGUCAAAUCAAAAGAUUUAAAUUCUGCAAAUCUAAAGAUUGAGCUGAAGAAAAUACGUAAACGAAAAGACAGAGAAAGGGAUGAGAUUCUGAACUAUAACAACCCAUUUGACCAAGAAGAGCAGAAAAAAAAUGAAUCUUUUGAUAUUAACCCAAAUUUUGCAACUGAAGAAGAGCUUCAAGAAAUCAAACAUAUUUAUGUAAACUUGUUACUCCAAAGGUCAAAGAAUCCUAAAAACGCGAUUGUAAAUCUUGAUGUCAUCAUGGUUGAUGAAAAUAAUGACAACAGGAUUCCUGAUGAUCAUUAUGCAGUAGCUGUUCCUAUCAGACAGCAUGAAGGAAUUUAUGAAAAAUAUCACACCAUUCCAUAUAUUCUGUUCAGAAGAACAAAGGAUAAUCUGAGAGAUGAUGAAGAUUUAUUAAACCUGAUCACAGAUGUGACUGUGAUCACUGGUAAAAGUCCUGACAUUCAGCCUCCUUUGGGGUAUACAAAGAUUCCUGUGGAUCUUAGACAAACACCAGGGGAAUUAAUAGAAGUGGUAAAUUUGGAUUAUGUAUUUAUUUGAUACAAAACAGAUAAAGACAUAAAUAUUUAUGAAAGAGAUCUUAUGCUAGUCAAAUAAAUUGUAUGAUCUUAAUAUCAGUAUUCUUCAAAUUGGCACACCUGAGUAUGACUCUCUUCCAGGACCAAAGAAAUAUCUUGGUCUCACAUAUAAUAUGGAUCUGCUGAUGGAUCUUUCUCGAAGAAUCAGAGAUUCUCUGACAGGUCCUAUCGGAAGAUUUUAUUACUCCCAAAGAAUUGAUGAAAUGAAAGAAUUGGUUAACAUUAUUAUCUUCCAAUACAUUCUCCCAGUCAGAAAGAAAAUGGUAGAAUUUUUAGAGCUGAAGGUUCAGAAGGAAUUCUCCAACCAAUUUGAUGAUGACAUUGAAGAGUUGAUAUUAAAAACGAAGAAUAUAUUCAAGGACAUUAUGACAGCAAGUUUUGAGCAAUUCUUUAUCCAUUCAGGAAACUAUCUCAUCAAAAACUCAAUCGCGAUAUGAAUUUACUUCUGUAACCUCCUUGAGGAAGAAGGAGAAUACAAAACAGCUAUAAAAUAUCUAAAACUUACUCUUAAGACUAUUAUCAGAGAAAGAAAUGAAAGACUGAAAUAAGAAGAGUAGUUACUGUAUUAAUCCUUCCUCUCUUCUAUUCCUUCACACUUCAGCCAAUAACGAGAUCUAUGAGUCCAAGAGAAUCAUUGACCAACACUACAAGAUAUGGGAAGAUAUCAUCCUCAAAACUGAGAGAAACAAGAAGAGAGAAGAACUGAAAGAACACAUUCUUGAUGAGUUUGAGCUUGAACAAGAGUCUUAUGAAAUCACGCAGCUUGAAGAAAUUAGGAAAAAGGACCUUGAGAGACUCCCUCUUUUCUAUAACGGUCAUAAUUUACAAGACCAUGAGCGACAUAAAUAUGUAUCGAUAUCUACUUACUCAAAUAAAGAUGACUAUCUUAAUGAUUUACACCUUGAAGUACUGUGAUGCUUGUAUAAGUGAGAGCUCAAACAAGGCUUUAAACUCGCCAAAUUUCAUGAACAAACCAUGAAGCUGCUAACAGUUCAAGGAUUUCAUGAACCUGAAGACCAACAGAAGCAACUAAACUCAACUUCGAAUACAAAGCAGAUGAACAGAAGUAUCAGAAGCCUCAGAAGUACCAGAAGCUUCAAAUAAAAUGAAGAAAGAAUUCAAAGAAAUCCAAGAGGUUUAUAAAGAAACUGGUAAAGUCCCAUUGUACUCCUCCCUGGUUUUUAACUACGAGAAGAGGAUUUUGAUUGAGAAUUACAAGAACCCAUACCAAAAUUCCUUAUUCUCUAUGAUUAUGGCUAUUUAUAAGCCUGAGCAAUUUGACCAGAGAUCGUUACUCCUGGAUAGCUUUAAUACACUUAUUAAACUGACUGAGUCCCAAGAUACUAAGAAUAGGAUCACUGAUGCUCAAGAGGAUGACCAAGGAAUAUAAGCCUUGAGACUGAGAACCUAAAGGAUAAAAUAUUUGAAAAUGCAGUCAUGUAUAAAGCCAUUGACUUGUUGUUAAAUAGAGAUGAGAAAACUCUUGAUCAGAUUUACCCCUUAAACCAUAUUUCGAUGCUUAGGUAUAUUAAGAAAACUGAGGUUCCAACUGCUCCAUUGAUGGUUGGAUAUUCAUCCAAUACUCUAACUAUGAUUAUUCCUUUCUUUAAACCUCUCAUCGAAGACAAAACACUGAGAAAUAUCAACCUUCUUUCUUUGCUCUGCAGAGAAAUUGAAGGAAAAGAGAAAGUAGAAAUUGAUGAUAAUGAAUACGAUGGAUUAGAGGAUCUGUAUAAGUCUGGUCAAAUAGCUACAGUUUCGAAUCUUACUGCAAAUAAAGUUUACAAGCUCACUUGUGCAGGAUAUACUGAAGAAGAGGAGCAAGUAAAUGAUAUUGGAGAAGAAACUGGUGAAAUAAUACCAUGACUCCCGCUCAAUGUUAAAGUUUUAACUGCACAUCUUGCUACAAUCUGCUUCAAGCUGGGACACUAUCAGAUUGCUAAAAAGGCUUCUGAAUAUCUUCUUACUCAGUACCUUGAGAAGAAUAAACUCCCUUAUAGACAGCUAGAUGUUACAACCUCGACUCUAUUUACCUUUAGGUUGAAUUAUUCUUGAAUAAAUCAUGCAACCCCCACUACAGUAAAAUCUCUAAUAAAUUGCUUCUUGAUUCUUUCUGAUGUCUCAAAGAUCCAGAAGAGCCAAGAAAAGCCAGCAGAAGAUCGUCUGAGAGAAAAUAAAUUGAGGAAGCAGACUUCAGGCUUGAAGAUAAUAAACUUUCUGAUGCUAGCAUUAGAACUUUCUAUAAUUCUCAAAGAUUUCCCUGUCAUAAAGAGGCUGAUCUACGAAAUUUAUGAUAAUUUGAGGCCUUAUCUCACAUUUGAUAGAUUACCACCCUUAAUUUUCUAUUGUUUACUCUAUUGCCACCAAUCCAUAACUCUGCUACCAAAGAGCUGUGUUGAUAGCCCAACAAGAAGGAUUGGCUCUAUUAUUGGAUAUAACCUCUGCAAGCCUUAUUUAGUAAGAAUGGGUCAGGAGAAACUUCCUUUCAUGUACCUCAUCCUUGAUGCCCAGUCAAAGAUAGACCUCAGAAAAUGGAGAAUUCAUAGUAAAAUGAUCACCAAAGCUGACCCUCUCACUAAUGAAAUGAGAGCUAAGAGAGAAGAACAACUUGAAAUGAUCAAGAAAGGAGGGGAUAUUUUCUACCUUGAAGAUGACGAGAUUAUUAAGGAACCCGAACCUUAUGAAGCCCUAGAAAGUUAUAUUGCUGAAACUGAGAAAGAAGGCAAAGCGUAUGAUGAAUUCCUUGAAAUUUUCAAUCUCAUUGUUCAAAAAGAAUCAGAAAAUGAAUUUCAAGGAUACAUUAAAAAGGUUCCUACUCAGACCACAUUUGUUGAGCAACGUAUCAGAAAGUAUGAAGAAAUGCUAAAAAGUUUUACUCUCCAAAUAACAGGUGGGAAAGAUAUCAUUCCAAAAAUGAUUAAAGAGAUGCAAAUAGUAACUUCCUUUUGGAAAAUAAUGGCUGAUGAUCCAAAGCUAAUAGUUAACAAUAUUCGAUUUAUUAACCAUCCUAAUUUCCUCAAGUUCAACUGUAUUGCUCUUCGUCGAAUUGCUGAAUCACAGAUGGUCUCUCUGCUAGAUUAUCGCCAGUUAAUAAACCACAUCAAUAUGGAUGAAGAUAUUAUUAACACUGCGCAGACAUGGGCAUUUGAAAGAAAAGAACUCCUUGCUAAAGACAUCGUCCGUCAAAGGAAAAAGCGAAUUCUUGAGAAAUUUGGAAAUACAGAGAAUGGGAUUGAAGGAUUUGAACAACAGAAGCAGCUUCACCAAGAAAUAGGACAAAGUAAAAGGAGUAAAGAAGAAUUUUUCCAAAUUGACAAGCAGCAUUUUCCUUAUUGAUCCAUGGUAGCUGAACUAGAAUUCCUUCGAGGCUCUAAUGAGACCAAGAUACUGAAGCAGAAUUAUCUUUAUAUUAAAGAGUUUGGAGAAUCCAACUCUCCAAUGACCUUAUUAAUUGACUUACAAGAGAUGGUAAUUCUGGCUAAAAAUCAUCGGGAGUUCUUGCUAAAUGAAAAAUUAAGGAUUAGAAAAGAACAGAGGAAAUAUAACAUAGAUAGUCGGUCAGCCAGAUCUCAUGACAAAGAUUUAAUCAUGAGAGAAGAUGAUUUUCAAGCUGAUGAGAUCAUAAUUGUUCCUAUUGACCCGCUAACCGAAGAUAUUUCAAUUGUUCUUGAAAUUUACUGUAGAGCUGGCCAGUUUGCCAUUGUAUCCCAAAAUUGGAACCAGUUCGAUAAUAUAUUAAGAGGAGCUUGGAAUUUGAUGGCAUAUCAUCUUUCAUCUCCUUUUGGAUUUGAACGAACAACCGCAUACCAGGAUAUCUAUUUACUUGCAGAUCAAUUGAUCCACUAUUUGAACCAUUUCACUGAUAUAAAGGCUCCUCCAACUGAGGAAGAGGAAAUUAAUAUUGAGAAGAACUUCACUCCAAAAUUCACUAAUAACGAAAAGCUAAUUAUUCCUGAUACUCCGUUCGAUAAUCUUGAAGGAAGAGAUAUGAGAAUUUAUGGAAACUUUAUAGCAUUCACAGUGCAAUGUCUCUUUGUCAGUGAGAAAUGGGAGUCAAUUAUCGACUUGAUCUCAAGAUUUACAGAAGCAAUUUCAAUGUUUCCUCCCAUUGACCCUGAAUUCAUAAGCUUUCUAAAAAUAUACCUUUUCAAGUACAUAGUGUAUUCUGUUGACAAGUUAUACCAGGUUGCUUGAGCGAAGUCCAAGGAUAAAAGAGAUGAACUGAAAUUGAGGACCCAACAGUUGAACACUUAUUCUGAGAAGAAGUCAGACUCUUCAAAAGCUAUUAACAUGGAACGAACAGCAGCUCAAUUGCUACAGAAUAGGAGAGAUGCUACAGGAGGUCUUCUGCCUGAUGAAAUUGAGCUGAAAAGAGAUAAAGGCCAACUUGAAAGUGAGCUUGCUCGACUAGAAGCUUUUGAAAAUUUCCUAUACCUUGAAAAAGAGCAAUAUGAACAAAGUUUAAAGAGCAUGCAAGAUAAAUAUAGUCCGAUUAAAGAGCAAUUGAGAGUAAACCGGCUUCUUUACAGGAAGUUCUCAAGUGAAACCUUCAACUUAGAAGAAAAACAAAGACGACAGCCAGAAGCUACAGUUCUAAAGGCAAGUUUUAAGGCACAUGAGGCCUUAUCUGGCCUUGUAAUUAGCAAUUACUCAAAUUUAAUUGAGACUGCAAAAUCAGAGAAGGAUAAUUAUGCAGUUAUACAAUGCUAUAAUGAAAUUGGAAACCUGUACCAUUCUGUAGGAAAUGAAGAGGAAGCUGCUAAAAACUGGAAAGGAGCUAUCCAAAUCUUUUCUGAAGAACUCAAGGAAACUGAAGUUUACCUUGCUGAGAAAAUUGGAAUUCAGCAAUGUCUACUUCUUGGAAUUAUAUCUUCAAAGUUAUCUCGGAUAUGCUACAGUAAUAAGAUUCUUAAUGAAGGAGAAACAUAUAUAGGAAAUGGGAUUGACAUAUACACCAGUAUUUCUACAAAAUGAUUUAUUGCCUGUUUUUCAUUAUCCCUUCCUCAUCCUCAAAAACUGAUAGACUACAGGAAUUAUAGAAUGACUGAGUUCAUUAAGAAGAUAGAAAUAAUUGAGGAUAACCAAGCAUUCACUUAUAAUGAACUAAUCUUUGCUCUUGAGAUAACAUGAGAUGUGUUGAUAGACCAUGAUGCAUACACUCAAGUGCUGCCUUUACUCUGACUUAUGGAGCACAUCUCAGUAGAUAUUAUAAAAUCAGUCCCCAAUAUGAUCAAAUCAAGGAUCAUGAAAUCUAUAGCUCUUGCAGAACUUGGAUAUAUAAAUGAAAGUCUUCAGUUAGUAUUCAAAAUCAUUGAGGAAAAAGAUACCCCUCUUGAUUCAUCGCAAAAAGAUAGUGAGUAUAACAAGCAGUUACAGGGUCAAUUCUUUCAGUUCACAGACAAGAAGUACUUCUUCAAGAAUGAUCAGGCACCUGAAGAAAUAGGCAAUAAGAAGGUUAUUGUUUUAUUGCUUAACUUAGAAAUGAAAAUCUCUGAGAAAUACAAAGUUUCGGCAUUCCUAGAACAAUACUUUAGAUAUUGCAGAUGCAUUAUUCUACAAAGUAUUCUCUCGAAAGUUCCUUUCAGAGAGAAUGAGACUGCAGAAGUGCAUAUCAUGUACUCAAAGAUACAGAAUGAAAUCCUAUCACUCCUUGGAAUUCUUGACAAGGAAGAGCUAGUCCAUGAUUGUAUUGGAAAGAUUUCGAUGUAUUAUGAUGUUUUUAAUAAAGGAAUCGACUAUUUUCCAGAAACGAAAGGGAUGACUCAUAAGCAAGAAGAAUAUAUCAAAGAUCUUCAAUCCCAACUUGCAAAAAUUCUUAGCACAAAUUCAGAAGGUCAAAUCAUACUUGAUGAUGCUUCUAAAAGUGUGUUUUUGUAUCAUGAUGAGCAUAAGCCUCUCCAAUAUAGGCGUUCUGAAAGGCUAGCACUGAUGCUGAAAUCUAGAAUGCUUCUAUCAAAAGUUUAUCACAACAUUACCCUACUUAAAGCAUACUAUAUCCUUGACCAAGGGUUGAUGAACUUCCACUUCUACUGUAUAGGAAGGUUAAAUUCAGAGAAGUGCAAUUUGUACCAAAAGAAAGGGUUUGAAAUUCCUUCUCAUCUAGGAAGUAGGAUCUUUGAGAUUCAUGAAAAGACCCUAACUAAGAAAGAUCCACAAAAUCCUCUGAUCAGUGAUGAAAUGCUUGAGAUUAUACAAAGAACAAUCCUUCAAAAGAAAUGAAGUGUGCCUUAUGCUUAUAUUUGGGUCAAGGCAAAAUAUGAGCUUAUUAAAAUCCUCUUUCUUCAAGAGAGAUAUGAUGAAGUCAUGAUCUUCUGAGAUAAUGCUAAAUCGGAGUGUAAUGAUCUUGGAGAUACUUACUACACAAGACUCUUAGACCAGCUCUUAGUCAUAUGAGCAUUCCAAAGAGGGUAUUAUAAGCGAGGGUUAGAGAUGUUUAAUGACCUUCAAAAUUAUGCAGAAGCCCAUCUCCACAAAGACCUAGAGCUGGCUAUUUUUAAAGCGAAUAUUGGGGAAAUUAUCUAUCAUUAUGACCAAGAUUCUAUGUGUAUAGAUUUAUUCAAACAAUCAAGGGAAAUAAUGAGUGAAUAUCUUCAUAAAAUUGGGUACAGGACUGAGAAAAUAUCGGAUUACCCCUCUGAUGUUAACAUAAACACCAAAGAUCCUAAAUUCAUGAAGCCAGAUGUUUAUAACAAAAGAGACCGGAAAUAUCGGCAUCUUAAAGAAGAGUUGGGUAAAAUACAACAAAGAAAAACUCUAGAGAAGCCUAAGUUUUCUGAUGUAUUAGACUUCAGAAAGGAAAUAUUCUAUGAAUUAUUUUAUGAAGACAAGAUGGAUUUCCUCCCAGCACUGAACAAUUCAAUUUAUCUUUGAAACCUUGGCACAUUGAUAAAAGUUGAACUAAGGUAUGCACAUACAUUGUGAAUUAUUAAGCAGAAGUAUGAGGAAACAUUAGAGAUCUUGAAAUAUACAGAACGGAUGAUUGAAGAUUGUGUCUAUCCGAACCCCUACAAUUCUUAUAUAACAAACUUCCUCAAAGGAUACUGUCACAAGAUGAUCUUUUACUCAAAAUUAGGGAGUUUCCAAUCCAAGAUCUUGGAACUAUCAAGGACGAAGAUUAAUAAAGUCUACAGUGAUUUUGCAAGAGAUCUUCCUGCCUCAGGAAUAGCUACAGGGGCAAUGUUCGCAGCAAUUCCUAACUAUCGUAAACAUAUCAAACAUGAAUGGAGAAGGUAUCUUCUCGAUGCUGAGAAAUUUCUUCUCAAAGCAGUUGAAUUCACAAAAACAGAGUGUAUUUUAGGAGAAUUUGAUAUUGAUAUGUCAGAUUCGGUAUUCAAUCUCUCAGAAGUGUAUUUCCUCCUUUUUGAAUAUGCAGAAGAUCGUAUUGAUUUCAUGUUCAUUGAUUACCCUAAUUUAUGAGUCAAUGUACCACCAGAGAAAAGACAUGAAGGACCUUUAGAGGAUUGCAACUGUGAAUUUUGUAGAUCUAAAAUCCCAUUUUCAAAAAGUAUUGCAGAGACUCAACUUGAGUCGUAUAAUUAUCAUCUAAAAGCAAUGGAGUAUUCGCUAUAUGGAAGAAAAAUGCUAAGGGCCAAGAAUAUCCUUCUGGAUGGAAAUUUCAACACAGGGAAUAUAUCAACUAUCCAGCUUAGAGACAUCCCUGAUGACAUUCUUUAUGAACUCUUUGAAACCCAAAAGUUUCACCAAAUAAAGUUCAUGUCUUCCUUACCAGAAGAAAUGGAUCCUGAGGAGAAGAUCACUUAUAAUUUUUCACAAGCUAAAAUACAUGAGAAUAACCCAGAUGUUAUAAUCUCCGAAAAAGAUUCUAUUUAUAACUCCUAUUGAGAGACUUAUCUCUGAUUGAUAUUAUCUGAGCUCAGAUAUUUCACCUUUGGAGCAGAAAGGAAAUCGAAGAACAUCUCUGUUCUCCAUUCAAUUCUCUCAAAACAUGAGAAUUCUGAAGCAGCAAUCUCCUAUUCCCAAGAUUGAAGAGUUGCAUUCCCUCAACCUGAGCUCGUAAACCUCUUGGCUAACGUAUAGGCUGAAAAAUCUUUGUCAGAUGAUGAAAUAGAGAUCUACCUGAAAUGAAAGGAAACUCCAUGGCUUGAAUUUACCUCUAAACAUAGUGAUUUUAUCUAUGUUCUUCAAAAAUCGCC